CCACGCCAGGAUUAGAGGGUUUCCGCCAGUGUCUGCUCAUAGAGAAAAAGACAGAAGACCGAAAACAAAUUAUACGGAAUAUAAGACAGCCUUCACUUGACACAUUUUGGCACUUCAUCUCAUUCCCAAGUGUCCGGCAUCUAAUUGCUAAAACAUCACCUGGGGGGUGGAUUAAUCACCGCAGGGACUACCCUUCUGGACCUCCAUACGGAGAGCCAUGUGAGCUGCCCCCCAUCUCACACUGCCCAACACUCUGAAGCUAAAGGGAUCACACCUUGGAUUCUUCCCCCUCCCUGGAUCCUCCACUUUCCGGACUCGCCAAGAGGGAGUCUCCAGGCUCGGCGCUCUGCCCGCUGGAGCCGCUUGUCUUGGGGCGCCGUUAGGGCUGUGAGUGCCCCCCUGGUCCGGAGGCCAGCCGGCAGCACUCCAGCGCCAUGGAUUACCUGUUUGGCUUUGCGGUGCUGCUGUGCGGGGCGCUGUGGCCGGGAAGUGGACUCGAGCCCAAGCGCAAUGUACCCAGGCUAAAGCUGUCAUACAAGGAGAUGUUGGAGUCCAGCAACCUGGCGAGCUUCUCGGGGCUGGCCGACAGCUCCGGCUACGACACCUUCCUGCUGGACGAGGAGCGAGGCAGGCUGCUGGUCGGCGCCGAGGACCACAUCUUCUCCUUCGACCUGGUCAACAUCAACAGAGACCACAAACAGAUCACGUGGCCCGCCACCCCCUCCAAGCGGGACGAGUGCAAGUGGGCAGGGAAAGACCUCGGGAAAGAGUGUUCAAACUUCAUCCGCGUGCUCCAACCCUACAACCAGACCCACCUGUUUGUCUGCGGCACCGGAGCCUUCCAUCCCAUCUGCGCUUACCUGGAAAUGGGCAAGAAAGCCGAGGACAACAUCUUCCGACUCGCCUCAGAUUUUGAGAACGGUCGCGGGAAAAGCCCCUACGACCCCAAGAUGCUCUCGGUGUCGCUCCUGAUCGACGGGGAGCUCUAUUCGGGCACGUCGGCCGACUUCAUGGGACGGGACUUUGCCAUUUUCCGAACGCUGGGGGCUCACCAUCCCAUCAGGACGGAGCAGCACGACUCCAGGUGGCUCAACGACCCGAGGUUCGUCGGCGUUCACUUGGUCCCGGAGAGCGACAAUCCCGAGGACGACAAGAUCUUCCUGUUCUUCAAAGAGAACGCCAUGGACGGCGAGCACACGGGCAAGGCCACCAUCGCCCGGAUCGGACAACUGUGUAAGAACGACAUGGGAGGCCACCGCAGCCUGGUCAACAAGUGGACCACCUUCCUCAAGGCCCGGCUCAUGUGUUCCGUGCCGGGUGUCAACGGCAUCGACACGCACUUCGAUGAGCUGCAGGACGUUUUCCUGAUGAGCUCCAAAGACCCCAAGAAUCCGCUUAUCUACGCCGUUUUCACCACGUCCAGCAACAUCUUCAAAGGCUCGGCGGUGUGCAUGUACAACAUGGCCGACAUCCGCAGGGUGUUCCUGGGCCCCUACGCCCACAGAGACGGACCCACGUACCAGUGGGUGCCCUUCCAGGGCAGGGUGCCCUACCCCCGACCCGGAACCUGCCCGAGCAAGACGUUCGGGGGCUUCGACACUACCAAAGACCUCCCGGACGACGUGAUCACAUUCGCCCGGGGCCACCCGGCCAUGUACAACCCGGUGCACCCCAUCGGCGGGCGCCCCAUCAUGGUGCGCACCGACGUGGACUACCAGUUCUCCCAGCUGGUGGUGGACCGCGUGGAGGCCGAGGACGGCCAGUACGACGUCAUGUUCAUCGGCACGGAUGUAGGCACUGUGCUCAAGGUGGUGACCAUCCCCAGGGAGAGUUGGCAUGACCUGGAGGAGGUGGUCUUGGAGGAAAUGACCGUCUUCAGGGAGCCGACCACCAUCACGGCAAUGGAGCUUUCAACCAAGCAGCAACAGCUGUACCUGGGCUCGUCACUGGGCGUGUCACAGAUGUCCCUGCACCGCUGCGAGGUUUACGGGAAGGCCUGCGCCGAGUGCUGCCUGGCCCGGGACCCGUACUGCGCCUGGGACGGCACAGAGUGCUCCAGAUACUUCCCCACCGCCAAGAGGCGCACCAGACGGCAGGACAUCAGGAAUGGAGACCCGCUUUCGCAGUGCUCGGACCUUCAGCAUCACGAUGACGUCGACGGCCUGGGUGGAGGCGUGGAGGACCGCGCGGUCUACGGUGUUGAGAACAGCAGCAUGUUCCUGGAGUGCAGCCCCAAGUCUCAGCGGGCGCUCGUCUACUGGCAGCUGCAAACGCCCGGCGGCGAACGCAAGCACGAGGUCAAGAUGGACGACCGGAUUCUGCGUACGGACCAGGGCCUGUUGAUCCGCAGUCUGUCGCAGUCCGACACGGGCGUGUACCACUGCCAGGCGGUGGAGCACGGCUUCAUCCAGCCUCUGAUGCGCCUCAGUUUGCAGGUCAUCCCCACCCACAGGCUGGGCGACAUCAUCCCGGGGCCGCCCGGCUCCGGGGCGACCCCCGCGGGCAAGCAGCGCGUGUGGUACCGGGAUUUCCUGUCCCUGCUAGAUCACCCGGACCUCAACAGCGUGGAGGAGUUCUGCGACCGCGUUUGGAAGAAGGAGCGCAAGCCCAAGAAAGUGAAGGCGCCCGAUGCCGACGGCCAGGCUAGCCCGCCGCCGCGGCCCAAAACUUUGGCUCUGAAUGCGCAAAAGCUUCAGGCCGACCCACCGCAGGGCAAAGCUUGGCUCCAGCCCGGAGCCGAGGGGACUAACCAGAAAAGUCGACCCAACUUGGGCAUGCUGAGCGUCCAGACGCCCAAGAACCAACCCAAACCACAGCAGAGCGGUCCGAAGGGGCAGGGCGCGGGCGCCCAGCACGCCGCCAAGUGGCGACGUGUGCAGGACAACAAGAAGGGACGCAACAGGAGAACCCACGAGCUGCAAAGACCCCCGAGGAGCAUUUGAGAAGGGUGGGACACACACACACACACACACACACCAAAAGAAGCACAAAGACGAGCACAUACACAAGCACGCACACACACACACACACAUUCUGUAGAUCGUGUCACCAGUGUAGGAUUCAGUGACCUCUUCAUAUACACGCGCACACACCCAUCAAGAAAUGCACACAUGAGCUGUGAAUAUUAGCAGCGGGAAAGCUAAGUGUAAAAACCUGUGAGGACGUGGCCGGUCGCCAUGGAUACGGCCCGACGGACACUUGCGCCUCCUUGUACAUACAUAAGCUAGUCCACACAAAAAGCGGGAUUCAAGACGGGAAGACGGCGGACGAUUCCGUAAGCGACAAAGAAGCACAUUCUCCGCAGGACUCGAGCAUGUGAUCUCCACGGAAUGAAACGAACUUUGUUUUGCUUGAAAGGAGCAAAGAACUUUCCACGUCGCCAUUAAAGCAUCACAUGCGGUGGCAAGCAUCGUGCAUGUUGUUGUCCAUCCAUGUGUUAAAUAAGCUGCUCAGUUUGGAAGCUUUGUUUUUGUUUUUACAGCCUACCUGAAACAAUUUCUUUUUCUAUAAGCCACACAACAUGGCUGUAGCGAUGUCAUCGCUCCCUCUGUGUAACUUAUUACAUCUGCAACACACACACACACACACACAUUGUUUAGUGUACAUAUAUACGACAACCUUCUCUCUGUGUGUAUAUACAGUACAGGAAACACCAUGUGAUCUUUAUUUAUUGCUCGUUUUGUGAAAGGGUUGCAUUUAUUUUUUUAUAUUAUGCUAUGUGGGGGGGGGGGG